UCCUAUCUCAUCCAUCCAACGUUCAUUAGUGUUUCCCUUUUCUUUCCUUUCUUGUGGUUUUUUCUUUUUUUUUUCUUUUUUCAAUGUUUUGUCGUGGUGUAUCCAACACCAUGUUUUUUCAACCUUUUUUUUAUUUUUAUUUAUUUUUUUCCACAUUAAAAGAAGAAAAGGGCACACUGUCUUUUAAAAUACAAAAAAAAAACAUGGUUUUACGCCGUAGUCUUUUCUGUUCGCACUACUACAAAAGUAGCAGCACCAGCUGUUGGAGGAGGAGAACUUUUGCUACUAGCCAUAACAACAAGAUUACCAAAAAGAAUGAGGCAUUCUCCAUCUACAUUCACUGGCCUUACUGUGAGAGUAAAUGCACAUAUUGUAAUUUCAACAAGUACGUCAAUCCAAGCGAUCCUCCUGUGGAACGACUGACGCGUGCCAUGAUACGUGAACUCGAGUUUUACCUAUCCGAACCACGCUUUGGCGUCCUACAUAAUAAGCGUGUAACUUCGAUCUAUUUUGGUGGUGGCACGCCGAGCUUAGCAAAACCUUCGACAAUCUCACGUAUUCUACAAACUGUCAAUCAACACAUUUCUCUGGAUAAGGAUAUUGAAAUCACCUUGGAGGCCAAUCCAACGUCAUCCGAGUUGGCUCGAUUGAGAGAUUUUCGCGACGCUGGUAUAAAUCGGUUAUCACUUGGCAUCCAGUCUUUCAAUGAUGUCGACUUAAAACUUCUGGGGCGCGACCAUUCCGCCUCUAGUGCCAUCCGAACACUAGAAGAAGCAAAGAAACUUUUCCCCGAAGUUACUUUUGAUAUGAUUUUUGCACGGCCACGGCAAUCACUAGAAGAUUGGCAGCGCGAGUUGAAGCAAACACUCGAUCUAGCAGGAAAUCACCUAUCUAUGUAUCAGCUCUCUUUUGAACGCGGAACCCCACUAUGGAAAUUUAUGCGAAAAGGGCAAAUAGGUUCUGUAGAUCCAGAGCUUGCCGCUGACAUGUAUGAAGAAACAGUACGGGCUGCGACCCACCAUGGAUUCACCCACUACGAGGUCUCGAGCUAUGCCAAAAGUCGCGAUGCAAUAAGCGCGCACAAUUUUUCAUAUUGGCAAGGCCUGGAUUAUAUCGGAAUUGGACCUGGCGCACAUGGGCGCCUUACGGAUAAUGUAACAAAGGAACGGAUACGGACGUUUGGAGAAUUCCAUCCGGAUCGUUACAUGGCACUUUGUGAAUCAGAAGGCGAAGGUAUCCGCAAAUGGAGUCCUUUAUCACCGCAUGAUUCUCUACAGGAACUGGUGGUGUUUGGACUUAGAACAAGGAUGGGGAUACCUCGGUAUCGAUAUAAAAAGAUGACGGGCCAAGACUUGGAGAAUGUGAUUGACCGAGAGUUUCUCGACAUGUGCGUACGAUCCAAUUUCUUGAUUGUGGAUAACGAUGACAGAAACAAGUCGGAUAUACUGCCAUAUAUACCAAAGCACCUGGAACAUGAAUGGGAACAAGGGGGCAUUCGACCAACGGAACAAGGUUUAGAACGUAUGGAUUCUAUAUUACCCAAACUUUUACACCUGAAACAAUAAAAGUCUGGAAAAACAGACGCACUUUUGAGU